AUGGCCCAUGCAGACGUGGAGAUGGACCAGUCCGGCCAGCCCAAGAACUCUAGAAGCCUACAAUGCUACUGCUCCCGCCUCUCCGCUUCGUCUGCAACCUCCGUCAUCCCCAUUGAGCAGUCGGGCGGCGGCAGCGACACUCGCACUUCCGGGGCCGGGGCAGUUGGUACCGACGGAGGGGAGGAAACCUUUCGAAACAAUGCAGUCAAGAAGUUCUGGCAGCACUUUCAUCCUUAUUGCAAUGCCUCAACCGUUGAGAGAAUUAAGUUCUGUGUUAAGGAAAAUUGGCCUGAAGAAAUCUUAAGUAAAGCACUGGAGGACAUAUGCUUGGAAAAGGGUUACCAGGAAAAAUGUGUUCUUGUUCUUGUCCAUGCUUUUCAAUCAUAUGAGGAUAGGGCGCCGCAAAAACAAUUCAAAGCAGUGGACUGUAUUUCCAGCUUAAUGGCUAGGUAUCAGUUAAUGGUAUCAUCAGUACUUCUGACAACACUGCCCUUGAGCUUUCCUGAGAUAUUGAAUAUCUAUUUCAAGAAGAAGCUGGAAGAACUUAAUACUAUUAUGGCUGGAUCUUAUGAGAGUGAUGAACUUGUGGAUCAUGAACCUUUUCAAAGAAGUAAUACUUCUGAUUGGCAUUCUGUAAUGGACAUUGAUGGGUCAGAAGUUUCAGAAAGUAGCUCCUUGGUAAAGAACAUUGGAAAAGUUGUUCGUGGUCUUAGAUGUAUUGGUUUUACAUCAAUGACUGAAGAUGCUUAUUCCUCUGCAAUAAUAUGGCUUUUAAAGUCUAAGGUUUAUGAACUAGCUGGUGAUGAUUAUAGAGUUCCUGUCCUUGGGUGUGUGAAGAAGUGGAUUCAGGCUGUCCCUCUUCAGUUUCUCCAUGCUCUUUUAACAUAUCUCGGUGACUCUGUGGACUAUGACAGUGGAUCUUCUGGUCUCAAAUCACCAUUAGCUUCACGUCCUUCUUCCUUCCCAGGGAUUGGUGUUCCUUCUGAAGCCCUUGUGAGAUGGCACAUGCGCCUUGAAUAUUUUGCUUAUGAAACCUUGCAGGACCUACGAAUUGGCAAACUUUUUGAAAUAAUUGUAGAUUAUCCUGAGAGCUCUCCCGCUAUUGAAGACCUAAAGCUGUGUUUAGAGUACACGGGCCAACACGCUAAGCUUGUUGAUUCAUUUAUCUCGUCGCUUAGAUAUCGUCUACUUACUGCUGGUGCAUCAACAAAUGAUAUAUUGCACCAAUAUGUGUCCACUAUCAAGGCAUUGCGGACAAUUGACCCCACCGGGGUGUUCUUGGAGGCAGUUGGUGAACCAAUUAGGGAUUAUCUGAGGGGUAGAAAAGACACUAUCAAAUGCAUAGUAACAAUGCUAACUGAUGGAUCUGGAGGAAGUGCAAGUGGAACAGGAAAUGCAGGUGACAAUCUUCUGGAAGAGUUGAACAGAGAUGCUGAAAACCAGGAAAAUGCUGAUUACGACGAUCAUGCAAACAUUGAUGAGAAACAAGCAUGGCUAAAUUCUGAAAGCUGGGAACCUGAUCCUGUAGAAGCAGGCCCAUUGAAAGGCAUCAGGAACAGAAGGAAAGUCGAUAUACUUGGACUAAUGGUUAGUAUAAUUGGCUCAAAGGACCAACUAGUCAACGAAUACCGUGUAAUGCUGGCAGAAAAGCUGCUCAACAAAUCUGACUUUGAAAUUGAUUCAGACAUUCGCACGUUGGAACUCCUGAAGAUUCAUUUUGGUGAGAGCAGCAUGCAGAAGUGUGAGAUUAUGCUUAAUGACUUGAUUGACUCGAAGAGAACCAACUCAAACAUUAAAACAUCUUUGCUGAAGACAUCCCAAACUGUUCCUGGGCAAGAGGAGGCAGAAGUGUCUCAUGAUGUUCUGGAUGCCACUAUAAUAUCGUCUAACUUUUGGCCACCAAUUCAGACAGAAGACCUUGUUGUUCCUGCUUCAGUUGAUCAGUUGCUAUCUGAUUACGCAAAACGGUUUCACCAGAUAAAAACUCCACGAAAGCUAUUAUGGAAGAAAAAUCUUGGAACAGUCAAGUUAGAACUGCAAUUUGAGGGAAGAAGCAUGCAGUUUACUGUAGCUCCUGUGCAUGCUGCAAUCAUAAUGCAAUUUCAAGAAAAAUCUAGUUGGACUUCAAAGACACUUGCUACAGAAAUUGGCAUACCUAUGGAUUCUCUUAACAGAAGAAUAAGCUUCUGGACAAGCAAGGGGGUCCUGACUGAAUCAGCAGGACCAGAUGCCGAUGAUCGCACCUUUACUGUUGUUGAUAGCAUGCCUGAUGUCAACAAAAACAGUAUUGUGAAUGAACGCUUGGCAGAGUAUCAGAUGACUGAGGAGGAAGGUGAAAGCUCUGUGGCUUCAGUGGAGGAUCAACUUAAGAAAGAAAUGACAGUUUACGAGAAAUUCAUCAUCGGAAUGCUAACCAAUUUUGGGAGUAUGUCGCUGGACAGGGUACAUAACACUUUAAAGAUGUUCUGUAUUGCUGAGCCGUCAUACGACAAGUCACUGCAGCAGCUCCAAAGUUUUCUUUCUGGUCUAAUAGCGGAUGAAAAGCUAGAAACGAGGGAUGGUCUGUACUUGCUAAAGAGGUAG